UAUUACUCCGUGAGUCCGUGUUGAAAGGUUAGCGUCCGAAGCGGGGUUUUCGUGUUGCUGAGUAUUGCCACGAAUUUGUUGGGAAUUGUGAGUUACUGUGUGCAUAACAAUCAACAUGCUGCCAAAUAUGUUGCCGGAAAAGUGCGAAUACGAGGAAUUGAGACGGAAAAAUAUAGCAGAGAGGAAAGAGAUGUUGACCUCUAUUGUUUCUGAAAUUAAGGAAGUGCACAAGGAUGUUAUAGCAAAUGCAGUUGUUAAGACGCAGCAAGCGAAGAGGAGGCGGGUGCAGACUAGGGUGCGGAUCCCGCGUGAGUACAUGCCGUACAGAACGCGCGGGCAGACUAAGAAAGACAACAUCACGCCCGAGAUGGAGUGCUCGCAGGUUCUCAAGAUACGCUUCCCGUUCAAACACCGAUCGUUCACCGAGAUCCUGGAAGAAGAGGAGCAGCAUUAUUACAGCGAACGCUGGGAGGAGGAGGAGGAGGACGAGGAGGAGGAUGAGGAGGAGGUGAAGAGGAAGCCGAGGAGGGCGACGGGAGGAGGUCGGGCGGCGGGGGAGAGGGUCAUCGUGCCGGUGGAGGAGAUAACGAGCGAGGAUCUGAAGCUGGUGUCGGAUCACGUUAGCGAGAAGACCUACGAUGCGAUCAAUGGAACCACCUGCCACCAGUGCCGGCAGAAAACGCGCGAUGUGAAGACCAUCUGCCGGGGGCCUGACUGCUCAGGGGUUAGGGGCCAGUUUUGUGGCCCGUGUCUCAGGAAUAGGUACGGUGAGGACGCACGGCAGGUGCUCAUGGACCCUGAGUGGCUGUGCCCCGUGUGCCGCGACAUUUGCAACUGUAGCAUCUGCCGCCGCCGCUCCGGCCGCACGUGCACGGGCCAGCUGUACACGUUCGUGCGCGAGAACGGGUACGAGGACGUCCACACCUACCUGAAGAGGUGA